AUGGGAGAAGAAUUGACUGCACAUAAACUAGCUGGCACAUUGGACAUGGUGGAUUUACCACAUGAAAAACAGGUUGUGGGAAUUCAUUGGGUUGACAAAGUCAAGACUAAAUCAGAUGUCACUGGCAGUGACUCAGAAGGUAUAAACUCUUUGAAAACUCAUCUGAAUUUGUGCUUCCAAAUGAAAGAUCUUGGUCACUUAAGAUAUUUCCUUGGCAUAGAAGUUGAUAGAUCAUCUGAAGGUUACUUUAUAUCUCAAGUUAAGUAUGCUUCUGAGAUUCUUAAUAGAGCUGGACUAACUGAUAGAAAGGCACCUCGUACUACACACUUUGUUGCAGUUCUCAGAAUCCUAAGAUACAUCAAAGGUACAUUAUAUCAAGGGUUGCAAUUUUCUUCCAAGUCAGAACUUCGUCUUCACGCUUAUACAGAAUCAGAUUGGGCAGGAGAUAUAACAGACAGAAGAUCCACAUCUGGUUAUUGUAUGUUCCUUGGCAACUCUCUAAUUUCUUGGCGCAGUAAGAAACAGUCAGUUGUCUCUCGAUCUAGUGUUGAGGCUGAAUAUAGGGCUAUGACACACACUACUUCUGAAAUAGUUUGGUUGCGGUGGUUACUUGGUGAUAUGGGCAUUCAUCUGACAGAGUCUACUCCUUUAUACUGUGAUAAUAAAGCUGCUAUUGAUAUUGCUCACAAUGAUGUGUUCCAUGAACGUACAAAGCACAUUGAGAUUGAUUGUCAUUUCGUGCAACGUUACUUCAAGAAGAAAACCAUUACACUACCGUAUGUAAGCUCACAAUUUCAACUUGCAGAUCUUUUCACCAAGUCAUUGUCCUCUCCUAGACUCAAGUUUUUGGCCAGCAACCUCAAGAUGUGUUUUGUACCAUCUUGA